GAGCGGCCCCGGGGAGCCCUGGGACGCUCCCGGAACCGCUCUCACCCUUCAACUCCACAACCAUGAGCAAGUUGGGCAAGUUCUUUAAAGGGGGAGGCUCUUCCAAGAGCCGAGCUGCUCCCAGCUCCCAGGAAGCCCUGGUUCGACUUCGGGAGACAGAAGAGAUGCUGAGCAAGAAACAAGAGUACCUGGAAAAUCGAAUCCAGAGAGAGCUCAGCCUGGCCAAGAAGCACGGCACGCAGAAUAAACGAGCUGCAUUACAGGCACUAAAGAGAAAGAAGAGGUUUGAGAAGCAGCUCACUCAGAUUGAUGGCACACUUUCUACCAUUGAGUUCCAGAGAGAAGCCUUGGAAAACUCACACACCAACACGGAAGUGUUAAGGAACAUGGGCAUUGCAGCAAAAGCCAUGAAAGCAGUUCAUGAAAACAUGGAUCUGAACAAAAUAGAUGAUUUGAUGCAAGAUAUCGCAGAGCAACAGGAUAUUGCCCAAGAAAUCUCAGAAGCAUUUUCUCAACGAGUUGGAUUUGGCGAUAACUUUGAUGAGGAUGAGCUGAUGGCAGAACUUGAGGAACUGGAGCAGGAAGAAUUAAAUAAGAAGAUGACAAAUAUCCGACUUCCAAAUGUGCCUUCCUCCUCCGUCCCAGCACAGACAGCCAGAGUACCAGGUCGCAUGUCAAGCACAUCCUCCUCUGCACAUCGAUCCCGAGCAGCAUCUUCCAGGAGGGCAGAAGAAGAGGAUGAUGAUAUCAAACAAUUGGCAGCUUGGGCUACUUAAAACAGAAUUUUUGGACACUGAAAUUAAUGAGCUGUACAUAAGACACAAAAAAUGUUUUUACCAAAUAUAGAGGUUAACAAAGAUUCUGUUUUAUAUUUAUACUGGAUGAAUAAUUGUCUUUUAAGCCUCAUAGGUAAAAGUUAAAAAAAAGGAGUCAUGUGUAGAUUUAGGAUCCGGGAUGGAAUGGGACUUCCUGGUAGCAUUUUGGAGGAUCUCUCCAUAUUGAUGGGAGGGGGCAUUCUACCUUGUUCACUAUUAUAUUAUUUCCAGUCC